GACUGUAACGUGACGCUUGCGCAGUUGGAGCCAGACGACUUCCUGUCAAGAUGUCGGCGACCAUGGCGUACGCCGGAUUGUGGAGGACAUGCAAAAUGUUACUACCCAGACACCCUGUCCUGUCCCCCGCUGCCAUCCGAACACAUAGCUCUGCUAGUGGAGACUUGAUGCCCUGGACCUCGCUCUCCAGGCCUCCGUGGCCGGAGCAGCCGAGCCCGUUCUCGGCGGAAGAAGAGCGGAGCCGACACGCUGCUGUGGUGAGCACCGUAAACCAGCGGAUCAAACUUCGGGACUUCGGCCGGCUCUUCGCGGUGGUGCACUUCGCCGGGCGCCAGUGGAAGGUCACCGGUGAAGACUUGAUCUUGAUCGAGAACCACAUCGAGGCGGAGUGCGGGGAGCGUAUCCGCAUGGAGAAGGUGCUUUUGGUUGGAGCUGAGGACUUCACCCUGAUUGGUAGGCCUCUUCUGGGGAAGGAGCUGGUUAGAGUCGAGGCCACCGUAAUCGAAAAGACCGAGUCCUGGCCCAAAGUCCAUAUGCGUUUCUGGAAGAGACACCGGUUCCAGCGCAAAAGGAUCAUCAUCCAGCCGCAGACGGUGCUGAGGAUCAACAGCGUCGAGAUGGCCCCCAGACUCACAUGAAGAUGAUGACACAGAGGACUGGAAGAGUACACGCUGACCCGCUGUUUAAUUUUUCUUAUUGGUUUCAAACAUGUAAACAAACUUGUGGCGGUCAGCUUAUGUGCUCAUGACUCUGACUGGUUUAAAACAAGGAGCUGAACAUUUGAGUAAUAUACUGAGCAGCUGUUCACUGGUUUAUACUCUUGUAAAUAAAUAGUGCAGACCUGUGAGAUGUAUUAAAGCUUUAUGUUUCCAACAUGUACUGGGGGUUUGGAUUAAAUCUGAGUUUACAACACAACAUUUUACAAAGGGUUUAAGUCAGUGUAGCUGCAAUGGGGGAAAAUCCUCUCUAUUAUUUCCUUAAGGAUCCAAAGAAUAACCAGAGUAAGUCCACUGUUAGCCUAGAUCGUGAUUUAUACAGAGCUAAGAUAAAGUGGGUCUGCCCACACUGACCAGAAUGUCUGUGAACCUAUGUCAUCCUUUUGAGACUGAGCUGAUACAUAGCAUAAACAUUUAACUUAGUAAAGCCAAUCCCGUAAAUCCAGGGUUCCCAAACUGAGGUAAUAUGCAACACUGGACUGUGUGCCUAUGUUAAAGUAGCUUAUGCUACAAAACACAGCCUUGUGUUGAUCUACGGGAUAAAACUAUUACCGGUAUUCUUGAUAUAAAAGUUAAAAUAAAUAAAACAAAAAAUAUUUAAAUGACUUAAGAAACAGUCAUGUGACACAAGAUUUUAAAACAACUUCUCAUUUUAUUGUGAAACCUGACUAGAUCGCCUCUGGGAACAAGAAAGCUCCACAGAUGUUCAGAGGAUCGAUCUGAAGGCACUGUUGAACAUUUCUGCUCAGAGGGUAACAAAGUUCUACUCAGAACUGAACUCCAGCGCUGGAGGUGAUGUUUAAAUCAGGAGUUUGUCCAACAGGCAAAAACAAAAGUGAGCGAUCAAACUAAAUACAAUGCUGCUACUCAUGUUAACAGAUUGGUAGAAAUCUCUUCACAAACCACAUUCCCUGUGUGGGGAGUCCAAAUCAAUGAAACAUCUCCUUAAAAAGCAAAGAGCUUUAACUGAAUGAUCUGCUUUAAGGAAAAUCUGUUCAUAUCUUUUAAGGUCCCCCUUUGUGUCCAAGGAUCCACAAAUCGUGUCUAUAUCUCAAAAUGACUGUAUUGCUCAGUAUAUUUGACCACACAGAACUCACAUAGUGCUGAGCUGUGUUAAGACAGACAGGUGGUGUUCAUUCAUUCACAGGUUGAGGAGGGGGCCAGCCAAUCAUUUCCAUGUUGAUACAGAAAGGAAACGACAUAAAUGUUGACUUACUGUGUCACUCCUGCAGCUCUACACCAGCUUUGACUACACUUUAAAUAUAAGUGGGCACAAAAUGUAGUCCUCUUGUAGAAAGAAAUGUUAAGCUGAAGCUAACCGAUGACUUUGGAUGUGUUUAACGUGAUCCCUCCACCUUUGAGCAAUAAGGAAACAACAACCCUGUGCACAGUGUGACCUCAGUAGACUUCAAAUUAAGGGGUUUGGGUUAACACUAAUCAAAUAAGUAUUAUUAGCUUGGAAGUCAAGUGUGGUGGAUUUUAGGAGAAGCUGUGUAGCUGAAAGAUCACUCGUCAGCGAGGUGAAGCCCAGCCAGUUUUUGACCUAAGGUUUGAAUCUGUCCACAAAAACUAGACAUUUAGAUCAUGGUAUAAGAAUUAGUGACAGCUGGUCAAGUUGGGCAAUGUAACCACACCAGAGCAGCACAUACGCAUUUAAACUUAACAGUGGCAUUAAGUGAAAAUUAGGCCUCAAAAAAAAAAA